AAAGCGGUUCCGGUCUUGGCGUGGGUUAGAGGCGGCGGAAUGGAGACCCAGACUGAGGACGCGGGGUUGACCCACCGCCCGACGCUGGCUUCUUCGUGGGAUGUCGCCAGUGGGGCGCUGAGCCAGAGCCUCCUUCUCACCCGGCCCCGGCUCGGGGUCCAGAAUGUCGACUGGGAGGAGCUUCUGGCGCCGCCUGCUCCAGGCCACGGCCUGGUGCGCUUGCAGAGCAGCCGGAGCCCCGAAGAUGGGAGCCCCUGUUUCCUUUACCUGAGGGGAGACCCGAAGGGAGAGGAAGAACUCGAUUGCGUUGGCCUUUUAAGUUCAGCAAGAAACAUGGAAGUGUACGUGGGAGAGGAGUACUGCGGCACGAGUAGGGGCAGCAGCGUCUGCAGCAUUCUGGAGAGCAGUGAACAUGAUAAGAUCAUUUUGUAUAAAAAGUACUUAAAAUUGGAACCUUCAACACAUGCAUGUAAAAUAAAGUUGCUGUCCUUUGGUGAAAAGCAGUGUGUGUUCAUCGGUAGAGUUGUGGUGCAUAUGAGACCGAUUUCGGCAAAUUCUUCACCAGCCUCUCCUGCUCUAGGAUCAAGGAUAGACCUGGACAAGGUCCAAACCAUGAUGGAAUCCAUGGGGUCAAAGUUGUCACCUGGAGCUCAGCAGCUGAUGAAUAUGGUUAGAUUUCAGCAGCAGAAUUGUAUUUCCAUUGGAGAACAGCUUCAGUCAGUUUUGGGAACUGCCGGAUUCUCGCACAUGAUUGCACUACAGUCAUCUACUUCAGGACUCUUAGACACGUCGUCCUCCACACGUUUUCCUUUCAAAACUGGAUUGGCCUCUGCAAACAUGAGUGAAAAUUUAAAGGCUUUCAUUGAUAAAAGCACACAGCCACCUGAUGAUGGAAAUACUACAAACCAUGAUGAGUAUAAAAUUGUGCCACAAAACCAUUGCUUUCUUGAAAAUGAUCUUAAAAAUGCAGUGUCUUCUUUCUUACCAAAAAAAGCAAAUGACAGCUCCAACAUGCCCAACUCUGAGCUGCUGCCUUUUCUUCAGAAUUUAUGCAGUCAAGUUAACCAUCUCCGAGUGGGACCUAAUCCAAAGUCGCAGGAGCGUACCUCCAAGCCCCGGGAAGGCGUGGUGGGCAUUUCAGUAGAAGAACAGCCCAUUUGCUCCUACUUGGAAAAGAUUCUUUCUAAAAAUAUGGAACUGAUGGAAAAGAAACUUAUGGACUACAUUGACCAGCGAGUCUAUAAAUUGCAGGAGCACAUAGAUGAUAAAAUUGCUUUGUUAAUGGACUUGCUGCAAAAUCCGAACUUCCCACUUGCUGGGAUGCCGCUAACACAUUAUGACUCGGGAGAAAGACUUUCAAAUGGAGAAAGAUAAGUUUCUCGAUGUGUAUUCUAUACUGCAGAUAUUUAUUACUUAUUUAUUACAAAGCCAAAACCCAAAAAUGUUUAUGAAAAGCAAGUAUUUAACGUCCUUUAAAGAUCAUUGUCUUACAUAAAGUGACCUCA